AUGUCACUUGUAAAUAACAAAGUGGGAGAUAACUGUAUGGCUGGCACAGACGAGGUGCUGGCUGAUGGAAAGGCUCAGGUGGAGUCUCUGAUAAAGGUGGUUGCAUGCUACCGGCACUUGGCCUCAUAUGUUGGUGGGUGGACAGAUAGCCUGCAGUUGCGGGAUGAGGUGCAACAAACACAGAAAAAAGCCCAAAAGUUGGCUGUGAUCAUUUGUCAUCAUCUGACCUCACAUCUUCAGGAUAAGAGCUUACCUCAAGAGAAGCGUAAGGAGAUGGAGCUCCUAUGGGUGGCCUUCUCCUCCAGCCUGGAGCUCCUCCAUGUUGACAUGUGCAAAGUUUUCCAUAUUGGCAACACUUUCUCUCUGCCCAGUUUUGUUAACCUUGUACAAACUGGCAUUCAAGGAGGGGGAAGCGAGAUUGCUGCUCGGGCACUCAAUCUGUCAGACCCGAACCAAGCUCAGCGGUUAACACCUCCUGCUGGCAUAGACGAUGCUGAGCAUAGCACCAUGGAGCAAGAGAUCAGCCAGAUUGGCCACAUGAUUGAUGACAUGGAGAUGAAAGUGAGUGUGCUGCACUGGGUGGUGGAGCCCCAUGGGCCACAGCGUGCUGAACCACUCAGCAGCACUGAUAGCACUUCCCUGGCACUGCUCUCCAUGGAUGAAGAGCAGUCUGGACACCAGCCUUUAUACCAGCAAACUUUGCGGCACUUCUGUCUGGCCACACAAGUUCUAGUGCCAAGCCAGGGUUCCAUCCUAGUUUUAGGCCGCACGAUUUUCAUCGGGGCCACAGAGUCCAGUAUAAGGCUGCAAGAGGAUUGA